AUGAUCUACGAGAUCCCGCGCCAUCUCGGGUCGUUCCAAGAACUCGCGUCACUCGUCAGGGUCAGCCGGCGCUUUUACGACAUCCUCAACCCAGUCCUCUACAAGCUCGAUUGCAAGACCGGCUCACCCACAGCGCUCUUUUGGGCAGCUAUGAUUGGAAACCUGCGAACUCUUGAGCUCUCCCAUGCUGCGGGUGCCAACCUGGAACAAGCGUGGACCUCUCGUCGGCCUUUG